AUGGCAACUCCGGACAGGGUCGAGCUCGUGCGGAACGCGGUCGCGUUCCUGUCAGACCCGAAGAUGCAAGCUUCACCUCUGGCACAACGUAUACAGUUCCUGGAGGCGAAGGGUCUCAAUGGUCCUGAGAUUGAGGAAGCAAUGCGUCAAGCCGCCGUGAAUCAAAGCGCGUCGCGUACGUCCAUGCAAGGCUACCAGGCUACCUACGGUCCAGCCUACGGUCCAAUGCCGUAUACGCCCGUUCAACCUCCGCCGCCCCAAUGGGACUGGAGAGACUACUUUAUCACCGCCGUGGUAUCAGGAACGGUGGCCUAUGGGGCGGCUUCGUUGUUUCGAAAAUAUGUCAUGCCUCAUCUUCGCCCACCUUCAGCGACCGCAUACGAGCAAGACCGAGAUGCAAUGACCGCUCAGUUUGAUGCAGCUGAGGCGCUGUUGAAGGAGAUUCAAUCAGAAACUGCGGCCGUGCGGACAGCCGUAGACCAGCAGAACGAGAAGGUUGUCAAAGUCACGGGGGAGGUUGAAGCCGUUGUUAAACACAUGCGAGAAGGAGAGGCCAGGACAAGAGACGAGAUGCGGGAGAUUCGUGACGAAGUGAACAACGUUAGGGAUAUGUUACCAAAAAUGAUUGACAAAACUAAGGAGAGCCACGCGCAAGGCCUUGCGGAGCUGCAACAAGAGCUCAAAUCUCUUAAAGCAUUGCUUCUCAGCAGAGGACCUGUCAUGUCUGGACCGUCUACUCCCAUCCUCCCAGGGAAGCCUUCGCUGCCCGCCUGGCAACUUGCUGGCGGCGGCCCUCAGCUCACGAGCAUGUCCCCCAACCCCCUUUCGCCGUCCUCCACCCCGUUGCCCGACUCUCCCUUGACAUCACCAACGUCCGAAGAGCCCCUCUCCCUGGAUGCUGUUGCGGGACUGCUGGGUUUGGAUCCGGCAGCUGCCCCAGAGCAUACCGCUACAGGUGACGUUCAGGAACCAGAGACCACUGCACAACCCUCACCUUCCGCGGAACCCAAUGCGCUGCGCGAAGCCAGCGAAAGUUCCACGGCACCACUCCUGCAAGAUGCUAUCAGUCUCGCGGUGGAACACCCCGCUGCCAUUCCUGCACCCUCGUCAGAAAGAAGUUCUAGUUUGGAAUCUUCUGCAACAGAUACCCCAGCUGCUCAAACAUCUUCUACGGACACCGACACGCUCCCUCAGAGCCCACUGCACCUCCAACUGAGCCUCGAGACCCUUCCCGAUGGAGACGCGUCUGCCGAAGCCAUAAUAGUGGGCGAUGACGAUCAACGUAAGCACACUUCGGAAGAACACGCAGUGCCCAAUGGCAAGGUACGGGAUGGAGUGGACGUGGAUGCCCUGCAAAAGCGCUUGAAACUGGUAGAACAACGGUUCACAGAUGUCUCGACAUCGUUCAAACGCUUGCAAGCGGAAAAGCGCGCCGCGGAUCUCGUUCUCCGAGAGCUGACUUCGGUCGAAAGUGUGUCUGAAGUUGAGGCUCUGCGUGAGUUCUUGCAAAACCUGAACUUCAAGACGGAGAUGGCGCAGGACGAGAUUCGACGGCUCACGGGCAAGCUCACACGCAACGACGAACGUAUAGAAGAGCUACGAGACAUUCAUCGUCUUGAGUCGAAGUCGCAGUCAGACCAGAUCGACAAGCUCAAGGUGCAACUCGACGAAGCGGAGAAGCUGUUGAAGGCGUCUGAGGGUUCCUCGAGCCAGGCUGAGCAAGAAAUCUCGAAGCUUAAGGCUGACACCGACCGCCUUCAGGGUGAACUCACCAAGGCCAUGACCACGGCUAAGGACGAAGAGGAGAAGCGGUCAAAAGCCAUCGCGCUCUUAAAGACGGUACGCCAGAAGCUCGUGAAGGCUGAGAAGGAGCGGGACGAUGCAAUGAAGGAAUUUGGCGCGUUGAAAGAUGCGGAGAAAGGAGAACGGGAGAAAGAGAAGACGGAGAGGGCGAAGUUCCAGGCAGAGAUCGAGAGAGUGAAUGCGGAGCGGGAGUCCGCCGUUCAAGGUCUUCGAGCUCAGUUCGACAGGGAGGUCAUCGCCUUGAAGGAGAGGCUCGAGAAGGAAAUGACCGCCAUGAAGGGCCAAUACGAACUUGAAGCCAUUACUUCCAAGACGACCCAUGUCAAGGAGAUUGAGAACAAGAAGACACGCAUUUCCGACCUCGAAGGCAGCGUACGGACCAUGUCACGGGAGAAGGACGAGCUCUUCGACCAGCUGCAACUCCGCCAGGCUGAGCUGGAGUCGUUGCGUUCAUCUCUGGAGUCCCUUCAAGGACAGAACACGGAACUACAGUAUCAACUCCGAGAAGCCCAAGACCGCAUCGCUCUUCUCCAGGACGAGUUCUCGGACGCGCGUCGCAACCAAGACCUCAGUCUUCAAUCGUCCGGUCCGUCAGCGGAGGAGGUCACUCGCCUGCUCAUGACGGUCGAGUCCAAAGCCGAAGCCAAGCUUGGGGAUCUACGUCGCCGGCUCACCGAGGCUGAACGUGAGCGGGACGAAGGUGAGGCUCACUGGAGCAAGAAGCUGGCAGAGCACGCUCGGGAGAUAGAAGCCCUCAAGACCGCCAUCCAGUCGUCGCAGAGGAGCAAAGAGGAGGAAAUGGAGAGCGCGCAGUCGUUGAGGAAGGAGAUCGAGCAGCUGCAGAGCGAACUCAGAGAGCACCAGAAGCAAAUUGUCGACUUGCACGCGCAGUCAGAGAAGGCGGAGGAGGUCGAGAGCGUGGCGAAGACGCAAGUCGCAGUACUCGGUGCGAGGGCCGCGGAUCUGCAGACGCUUGUCGAAGAGAGCAAGGGCCGCGAAGCUCAGCUCAAAGCUCAAAACAAGACCCUCCGCGAGGAAUUGCGUAAAGUGCAGUCAUCCGUGACUUUACUUGAGAAACAACGUGGACCUGGUGUUGGGUACUGGGCCUCUCGCAACGACAGUACAUCCGACGUGCGAUCGCCAACGUCCUCUGUGUCGGAGCUCCCUCAAAGGGAGACCUCGUCUAGACCAACCUCACCGUCCAUGGUCAAAUCAGAGGAAGAAGUCAACUUCGAGUAUCUCAGGAAUGUCAUCAUGCAGUUCCUAGAGCACAAGGAGAUGCGGCCGCACCUCAUCCGGAUUCUCUCGACAAUUCUACGUUUCACACCUCAAGAGACGCGUCGCCUCAUAUCCAAGGUGUAA